CAAGAAGCCACACAACACACCACCACCACCAUGAUCACCUUCUCCCGUGUGCUGCUUCUUGUCGUCGCCGUCGCGAUCUGCCUGCAGGCAAACCCUAGCCAGGCCAUCCGGCCGACCUCGGCUAGCGACCCAGCUUGUAACUCUUAUCAACAAUCACUGUCGGGUAGCUGCAUGGACUACUUCACCGGCAAAACCGACGGCGACCAUGUGCCUCCUCAGUGCUGCCAAGUCCUCGCAGCCUAUACCUCCAAGUUGGGAACCAAAGGGGAAAAGCAGCAAGCCUGCAAAUGCUCCCACGAUUUAUUCACUGCCUCCGGGGUGAAGCAGGACCGCCUCUACAAAGUUCCAACAGACUGCAAACUACCAGUGCAAGCCGACUGCAGCAAGUAAUUAACAAAGGCCUCCCAUUUUUUCUAUUCAGCUAUGAUUCGAUCGCAUUAUUUGUUAUUCAUAUCUCUAACAUCGUCGACCAUGCUAGCUAGCAAGUGUUCCUUUUCCUUAAAUAAUUGUAUCUAAAAUUA